UGUUGCCGUUGCUGUUGCUGUUGACGACAGGCAGCGCAAUCGGAAUAUGACGCUCGGAUUAUUUCAGCUGCGCUCAUUCCGCUUCAGCUGAAUGGUGAACGACGAUUUUUUAGGCCCUUUGGGCCAAAUAAUAGUAUAUUGUACUAUUUUCGUUGUAGUUAUAUCAGUAAUCCUAAUAAUUGCUUGUCUUAUCACACCAGGCUGUAUCGGAUACGAAUGUGUUAGACCAAGAAAAAAGUCAGAACAGUCUGUGUCUGCGAAGCAAAAUAAUAAACCAAACGAUAAUCUAAACCUCAAUGACAUUAGCUACAGGUCUUGGCGACUCGGUAGUUUAUAUGAUACUGAAAAUGGAACGAUCUGCGAGAGUCCAGGAGAUUCCUUCAACUCUGACAACAGUCAGUUUAGAAUAGCCGACUCAACUACAGUAAUGAAUCUUGCACCACCACCAAAGCAAAAGAAAUCAAACAAAGAAAAAGAAUUUCCAACUGAAAUAACACUGAGCCUACGGUAUUUACCAUAUUGCGAAGGGCUUACGGCUUCGAAACUCGUCAUUGGCAUUGAGGCCUUAUCGGGUCUUCCACCGAAGCAAUACAACUGCACGAUGGAGCCUUACGUAUCACUCGAUGUUUUCAAACAAUUUUGGACGCAUCGAAAGAAACAAAAGCUAUACACUUUCAAAACUAAAUGCAUUAGGCACACGGCAAAUCCGAUUUUUCGGGAGUCUUUCGUGAUUGCUGGAGCAACGGCAAAAGAUAUCAGAGAUUGGAUAUUAAAUAUCGAAGCUUAUGAUCACGAUCGAUAUGCAAACGACACAAAACUAUGCGAAUUGCAAGUCCCAUUUAAAGAUGCUAAGAAACUAUUUUUAAAUCCAGAAACUCAUCUUUUCAAUUUACAAAUGAAAAAAUCCAGAGAGGAAUUUGGAAAUAUACUACUCGGCAUCAGUUAUCUGCCUACUGCGCAGCGCUUAACCAUCAAGGUUAUGAAAUUGCGCAAUGUCAAGUUCGUACCGGUAGUACUGAAUCUAAAUGAAUUUAAUCCAUACGUAAGAAUUUUGUUGUUGAAUGGAAAAACUGGGAGAAAAAUUAAAAAGAAGAAAACUAAAUUCAUUCGAGCCAAUGCAGAACCUGAAUUCAACGAGACACUCACAUUUGAUUUACCAGUAUCACAGAUUGACAUAUUACAGUUUCUUAUUAUUUUAUGCAGUAAGGCCUCGCUAGAGGACAACAACGUACCAAUGAUGAACGAAUUACCGAGUGACAGCGAGGAUUCGGUCAACUCUUUCCAGAAAUCAAAAGACGUCUCUAUAGGCAAAAUUGCUCUUGGUAAAGGAGUUCGCGGAGCAACCGAGCGACUCCAUUGGUUUUCCGUACUGCAAAAUCCCAGAAAGCUCGUUACAGUAUGGCAUACUCUCAAAUGAUCGACCGUACCUUUCAUUCAUAUGUACGCGCUUUCAUGUAAAUAAGUAAAAUAAAUAUUUCGAAAUGUCCUCUUA